CUGUUGAACAAUACUUCCGGUGUCAGCCACAGGGAAACCAAAUCAUCUGUAUGGCAAUUAUAUAAAUGUUACCGUAAAAUACGCAACAAUUGUCGGAUUCUCAGCAUUAUUUAUCAGGAUUGAGAUUCGCCAAACAUGGAUAUUCCAAAUCCCCCUGAAGGUGAGCCCCCCGCUGCAGUAUAACAUGAUUUUCAUUGAUCGUCAUGUAGCAUCACAUGCUACUAUAGCUACUGCUGCACAAUUCAGCUCUCAUCCCCACCUGAUUUAGAGUCUUUCAGUAACGCUUCUUGCACUAUGUCUGUCCAAACAGUUGAAUAUAGUCACCAUUUCAUCCGAGGUCUCUGAAAAAUCAGGGUUAAAUGGUCUUAACAGCUAUAUUUACAGGUUACUCUACAACAGUAUUGAUCAUCUUAGCAAAUGCGAUCUGACACAUUCAGUCAAGCAGCUGAUGCUUCAUUAUUUUCGGAACAAACUACGAAUUAAAUGCUCUUACUCUGAGUUAUAAUUUUUACAUAGAUAAAUACAUACUCAUACGAUCCAUAAAACUAUUCGAUGUCUGUAGCGACACGUGUUUCAUCGGUUCAUGUAUUUAUAUAGAUUUUCCUCUACACCACGAAAUAUUGGUAAAUUGGUCAAAUUUGGUAAUGUUACCUCUAUCUAUUAUCAAAAUUUUAAGAGUCAAGAUUUGUUUAUUUGUCAUGUGCAUGUUAAACAAGGUCAACACUGCAAUGAAAUGCCCUGGAUGAGAGGACUGCUCAACUCAAAGGAGUACAGAUAAAACACAAUAAAUACUGAGAGGAAUACAAUAAAAUAAGGAUACAAAAAAUUUUAAAGAUGAAUAAAAGUAUAAGAGAAAUAUAAAGUGCAAGGAAUAUUUACAAGUGAAUAUUUACAAAGUGAACAAGCGAUGCAGUAGGUGCUGAGUGUGUAUGUAUGAAAUUGAGGAUAAGUCAGUGGGAUAAAUGAGGUAUGAAAAUUGCUGUAUUGCACCUGAUAAAUAAUGGUGUAUGAAUUGCUGUACUGCACAUCGCAGAAAAUAUGGCACAGUCAAGUGGGUUAUUGCACAGAGUAUUGUCCGGUGGUACUGUCAGGAGUUAAGUAAGGGAACUGCAUGUGGGUAGUAACUAUUCUUCAGUCUUUUAGUGUGUACUGGCAGAUUCUCGUACCUUCUCCCAGAUAGUACCUAAGUAAGUAAAAUUAAUUUGAUACAACACCUUUCAUAGAAAAGAUUCCCAAAGUGCUUCACAAUAAAAAAUUCAAGAUAUAAUCGUAAACAUCAAGUUAAAUCAAAGAACAAUAACAAACAAUGGCAUAAAUAGAGCAUUAGUUAUAACAGGGGGAGGUAAAGGCCUGCUUAAAUAAGCGAGUCUUUAAAAGCUUUUUAAAAGUGACCAUGGAAACAGCUGAACGAAUCUCAGCAGGUAAAUUGUCCACAGUGUUGGAGCCACCACUUCAAAAGCGUGGUCACCUCUUGUUUUUCGAUGAGUUCAAGGGACAACAAGCAAGCCCUGGUCUGCGGACCUGAGUGACCUACUCGGAAUGUAGGGGUGAAGCAGGUCAGUGAUAUAUUCAGGGGCCUGACCAUGCAGAGCUCUAUAUACAAAAACAAGAACCUUGAAAUUAAUCCUGAAUGUCACUGGCAAUGAAGGGGACACAGAACUGGGGCGAUGUGGGUUGUCCGGCUGGACUUGGUUAACAGUCUUGUGGCAGCAUUCUGGACUAAUUGCAGGCGAUGAAGGGAGGAGUUACAAAGACAGGUGAAAAGUGAAUUACAGUAGUCCAGGUGGGAAGAAACAAAAGCAUGAAUGAUAAUUUCAAGUUCAGGAUGUGACACAAAAGACCUAAUUUUAGCAAUGCUACGUAGAUGGAAGAAGCAUGACCGGGACAACUGUUUUAUAUGGUGAUCAAAGUUCAUGCAAUGAUCGAAAAUAACUCCAAGAUUUCUAAGUUUGGAUGGUAGUAGACAGAAGAGGCUUUGUCCUUUUAUAUAACAAGCAAUAACAGGCAUUGGACCAAUCGUUUCUAAGAAGCUAAGAUCACUCCUUUUUCCCUUUUAAGGUGUUCCCUCUUUGUUUCAAGUUUAUAACAAAUCUUUGCAUCUCUCUCUUCUUCCCUUCAAUGGUGCAGAUCAAGAACUGAGGAAUGUCAUUGACAAGCUGGCCCAGUUUGUUGCUCGCAAUGGACCAGAGUUUGAGAAAAUGACGAUGGAGAAACAAAAGGACAACCCAAAGUUCUCCUUCCUCUUUGGCGGUGACUACUUCAGCUACUACAAGUGCAAGCUUGCCAUGGAGCAACAGCAGCGUAAGUAGUUAAAGGAAUAGUCCACCAUAAAACCAUUUGCACAGAAAAAAAAAAAAGGUUAGAAUGUUCAGUCUGUUUGUAAUUUUAGUUUAUUAGUAUGUACCCCAAAAGUACUGAGAGUGAUAGAUAAGUAAAGUUCAAAUGCCUGCAUAGAUGCCAAACAGUUACAUCAUUUUAUGGUUUUAACAAUAGCAAAACAAAAAAGAAAUGCCAGCCACUAAAAAACACUUGAGAUGAAAACUCCUUGUGAAGAAAAUGUCAAAUCCUGUGUUCUCAUCCUCUAAAAUAUAAAGAGAGGAGACAAGUCAGAGAAUAGGAGACAAUUUCAACAACUGUAGCUUCAACUAUAACAAUAUUCACACUAAACAGAAAGCUUGUUGGUGAUCUGAUUGGCCAGUGUUUUUUUGGGAGGUUUUUUUUGUAACUUUUCACUUAGGAUGGCUUUGAUUGCACCACACAUCCUCCAUGUUUGUAGAAAAUCACAACUGUAUUAGUAUACUGAGGUCGAGAGUGCCAUGCAAUGGUCGGACAAUGAUAAGAGCGCACUGCUGGAUCAAGCAGCAAGCUACUUCAGAUGACUUGUUUCCUUUGUUUGGAGAGGACAGGAUGGUGGUCAGAGAAGGACAUAAGGGGAGAGAGUGGGGAGUGACAUGCAGGAAAGGAGUCACAGGCUUAAGGCAAACCUUGGCCAGCUGACCUCUAUGCUGCACGUGUAUAGACCACUAGGCCAGCAGCGUUUAUGAUCAAGUUGACAAACAUAACAGCAAUUCUUUUUAUGAGCUUCAAGGAAACUUUCAUGUAUGUUUUCUUGCCUUUGUGAUUGUAGGCUUUCGAAGUAUGCCUUUGUAAAAAGCCUGUCAAUUAAAUUCUGCACUCUAGCUUCUCAAACUUAUCCACAUCAUUUUGCUAAAUUGUCACCCAUAAUAGCUCUAUGUCUGCUUUCCAGCCAGUGUGUUUUCAAGCAAACAAGCAGUGGAAGCAAAAGCCAUAUCCAUUUACUAGCUAAUGUUUUCACGUUAAGGAAUUGAGAUGUUCUUAAGCAUACAGAAUUUUAAAAGUGAAAAAAAAAGUAUAGUUUUAUAAAAGAUAUACUCUGAUUUCAUAGAAAUCUAGUUUCUGGAGUUUGGGGAGUGAAAUAUUCGCUGGUUCGAGGUCUGUCUUAAUUGAGUAUUUCAGCUGCUCAGAAACUUUGGGUUUCCUUUGUCUUACUUUUGUGGUGAGAUUUACCAAAUGUUUCCUUUGUGUUUGACACAUCACUGCAGGCUGGCCUGUUCAGCACCCACUCUCUUCUUCAACAGUCAUGCUGUUGUAAUACUUGCAAAAUGUAGUUUGGCGUCUUGUUGCUGUAUAAUGCAGUCUUCCCUGGGAUGGAAUUGACUGAAUGGCCACAUACCAUUCUUUCCCUCUAAAACCCUGUUCAACUUUCAUGAUGCCAUCUCAGAUGUGCAAACUAGCCACGCCAUGGCCUCUUGUGCAUACCAUACAACCAGAGAUGCUGGCUUUACAGCCAUGAUCUGGUAACAAUCCUGGUGGUCCCUCUUCUCUAUAGAUGGGAGAACGUUAUUCCACCUUGAACAGGCUUGGGCUCAGAGAAAUCACCAGCAUUUUCAAGAUCAUGUUUAUGGUAUUCUUCUGUCUUCCAUAGGUAAAAGGGAGCUGAGCGAGGUGUUUUGUCAGCGUCUCUUUAACCCCUCUCGACCUGUACACCAAGCUCAAUGAUCAAGCAUAUUGACUGGUUAAAGUUUUCUCCAAACUUAUGUUAUAUCCUGAACAAAAGUUGUUCUGGAGCAGGUUAGGCAUUUCUUCGUAAGAAGUUAAUCACCUUCUUGGAAUUACUCUUGAGGUUAUCCAAUGAAACUAUCCUUCCAAUCUCAGUUGAAGGAUAGUGUACUGACUCUGACUUCAGAUAAAGCCGCUCACUGACUCUAAAAUAAUUGUUCGCUGUAGUAUCUGUAUCUCUGCCCUUCAUUUGAUCGUCAGCUGAUAGUUGUUUCUCAUGGGAUGUGUGGACUGUGUUUGUGCAGAUAAUAAUUAUUUUAUUCUCAAGUUAGACAUGCUGUCAGAAAUGUGCCUCACUACUCUUGAACAAUGUUGGCUGUUGUCUCAUUGUAUUGUGUUUCACUGGGAAGCUGAAGUGUUCCCCAACAGCAGACUGUAAUGAUAGCAGGGAGUCUUCAACCCUUUCUUCUUGCUUGUUUUGAUAACUGCGAUUGACCAAGCAUGGGUGAUGUGCUCCCAUCUUCUGGUUUUUGUUGGAACUUGGAUUUGAGGGGAGACAAGACUUCUUGACUUCUUAAGUUAUAAAGACGGCAUGAACCUACACCAUUACAUUUGCCUGAUCUGUCUUCUGCAAGACUCACAGACCAAACCCUCGAAGUACAAGACCACUGAAAGAGAACAGCACAUGAGCACUGCCACUUUAUUUACCAUCCAUACACUGUUUUUUAAAAGCUAUUUUUGAAAUUACUUGUACUCAGCAUUUGACUAUUUCACCACGUUCUUCAGUUCUCUGCUCUUAAUGCUCAAGCAUAUCAAUCCUCAAAGGUAGUCUGCUUCAGUUUACUACUGUUUUUGUGGAUUAGCAGCUCUCUACAGGGCAACACACCUGUGUAUUACCUAACCAAACUUGCUGGUAUUGUCAUCUGAUACGGAUUGAAUUUUUACGCCAAACCACAGCACCUCAAUUUAUGCUAGAAAGGCUACAUAAACACCCGACUGAUUAUUUCCCAGGACCUGAAAACCCUGUUCAUGUUUCGAAAAUCUGUUGAUGACCAUGGAAAUUGCAGAAUAAAAACAAACAAACAAAAAAAUUCAAGGAUACAUAUUAAGGAAUGAUGCCUGCAGAAAAGGGAAGCUAAACUAAGGGAGCACCAAUUGCGAAAUGAGAAGAUUACUCUCUGUUAUGUUGUUUGAGUACACUCAGCUACUUGAUUGAUUGGGUCAGAUACAUUAUUCAACUGUUUUACCAGAGAAUUGUGUUUAGUUGCAGUUUUGACUCAUCAAACUUUAAAAGCCUGUUUUUUUUCCCCAUAAAGGGAGAAUCAGCUUCUUUCAUUAUCCAGAGAAAAGUUUUGGUCACUUCAGAUAAUGGGCAGUCUGGCAAUAUUAGCGCAGCAGUGCAGGGUUGCAUGAGGUUCUUCUGUGUUAGUCAUGUUAUAUUACUGAAAUGCAUUAAAGUUUGCUUUUUCUCUAUUUAGAUCCCUCUACCCACGAUGGGGAGGAAUUUAAAUCUGAAGGUAUUUAUUUGUAACCAGAUUUUUUUCCAACAAACUCUGACUUCCAGUUGGAAAGUCCCAUUUUGCUUUUGCACAUUUUUAUAUGGACUUGACUCCACCCCUGCUUCCAAACAUUUGCUUUGUUUUCAGUUGCACUUUUCAUGUCAGAAUCAUUUUCCUUUUAAAGUUGUGAAACUUGACUGGAGAUAUCAAAGAAAUGAUAUCUCAGAUGGAUGUAUCCUCCAGAUCUUGUUGUUUAAAAUUGGCUCAAUUCUCCAUCUAUAAAUUUGUACAUAUGCUCCAAGAAACUGGAAGAGGAUUGUGUUGACUUCUUUUUGGCCAAGUCUGAAUAUGACUUUUAGUCCCAAGACUUAACGCAGUUGCUGUUUGGUGAUUUUGGGGUAUCAAUAUUUCACAUAAAAUCCAAGUCUUUGAUUUAUAACCUGUGUAAUUUAUCUCUGUUUCUCUGUUGACUGUUUAAAGUCAACAGUGACCUUUUCCCCAUCACAAUAACAAAAGUAGUUUCACAAUGAUAAUUUGGCAGGAUUGGAGGAGAACACCUCUCCAACUUAUUUUAAUGAACUACAAAUAUUUUGACCUCAUUGACACAGACGAUCACUCACUGCAUUUACACUGAAAUAUCAUAAACUCAGGUUGUAGCUACAGCAACUGGGUUACUCUUUGAAAAACACGACUCCUGAUAGCUUACCCACUGAGAAAUAGACGGGCAGUAGACGUCUAGUUUUUCUUAAAGACCCAAUUUCAACUGUCUAGAUUCUGUAUACAUUUAGAUGGAAUUUAGACGUUGCUAAUAUGCAGUGUAGUUUAGAUAUAACCCAGAUUUAGAUUUAGUCUAAACUUAGUCUAAAUUUAGACGUCUAAAAAAACUUUUGUUCCUCGAUCUGUGGUAGCCGAAUUUUAGACCAGUCGUCUAGGCCAGUGGUUCUCAAGUCCAGUCCUCGAGGCCCACUGUCCUACAUGUUUUGGAUGUUUACCUGCUCCAACACACCUGAUUCAAAUGAUCAGCUCGUUAUCAAGCUCUGCAAUGGCUUAAUAACGAGCUGAUCAUUUGAAUCAGGUGUGUUGGAGCAGGGAAACAUCCAAAACAUGCAUCCAAACUUGAGAACCACUGGUCUAGGCUACAUUUAGACGUCAAUUAGACCUCUGUUAGACCAGAAAAUGCUCAGCGGGUAUAUGAUAAUGAGAUAUGUUUUAGAUGUCAAGUGAGGUCAUGCAUUAUCUCAUGUCAAGAAUAUAAAGUGCCCAAAGCUGAAACAUUAAACAUUGUUCUGCCCAGAAUUUCUGUCGUAGUUAUGGUCUAGAGACUUUUGUGUAGUCAGUGUGUGUAAGUUUGUAAAGAUGAGUGUAAAGGAACAAACUGAAAAGACUGAUAGAUUCCCAGAAGUCCCGGUGCGUGUCAUGUUUCAUGACAUUUGAAUGUUUCCUCGUCCUUACUGGAGUAGAGUUAGAUAGAACAGAGUGGUGGUUGUGCUAAUGCAGAUUGCAUGUCUCCGAAAUUUUGUUGAGUUUUCCUUUAGUUCCUGGUAUGUUUCAUCUGCCUGCUGUUUGAAGGAUACUUUUCUUUCCUUUUUUAUAUCCUCGAAGGUCAUUUUGAGUUAAAAGCAGUGCAGUUUUCAGGACAUCUUUCUCUUUAGGUUCCUGCAUCAAGUCAGCAGUUAUUCACCCUUAUCUGUCAAAGCCUCAGCUCAAAAAUCAAACUUUGUCUUCACAUCAAAACUUAACUUGAAAUUUUAUACUCUUUUUGCAGACAUCUACAACCCGGGUGCUAAAGAUGUGGUCGACAUUCCUCCUCCAUCCAUACCGAUAAUUGCUCCUCCUCAAAUUCCUCCACCCUCUGGACCCUCUCUUGAUGAACUGAUUCAACAGAGCCAAUGGAAUUUACAGCAGCAGGAGCAGCACCUGCACACUCUCAGACAGGUACAAGCAACAAAGACAGUAUGAGUUCGGCACAGGUGACAUCCUCUCCUGGGAGGAGUGUAUUCGUAGUGUAUUUGUAUUUAGAUGAGCUGACAGUUUGUGAGAGAAUUCCCAGAAGUGCUGAGAACUUGUUGGCUGCUUUUCCUUCAAUUUGACAUCCAACUCAACCCCAAACCAACUCAAGCGGGUUUAGAUUAGGUGACUGUGGGAACUGGGUCAUAUGACAUAGCACUCCAGCACUGUCCACCUUGAUCAAAUAGCUCAUACACAGCCUGGAUGUGUCGCUGUCUUGUUGAAAAUACAAAGCUGGUCCCACCAAGCGCAGACCAGCUGUUAUAACAUGAGGCUGUGGAAGCCCUAAUGGUUAUAAGUGUGCCUUGAAUUAUUUGGUAACAGUUACUGUAUGAACCAUUUUCAUCAAACGCAAAAAUCUCACUGUACUCUUUUUGUCUUCCUCAAUGUAGGAGCAAGUGACUGCAGCCAUUGCUCUGGCCAUGGAGCAGCAGACCCAAAAACUCCUGCUGGAGACUCAAUUGGACAUCACUGAGUUUGACAACCUUCUGCAGCCCAUCAUAGACACCUGCACCAAAGAUGCCAUCUCUGUAAGCCUGAUCAUAACUCAGCUUUUAUCAUUUAUUAUAAGUGCCUAUGUUUAGGUCACAGCUAUCUUACUCUCUGUAUUUUUCUCUCAGGCUGGGAAGAACUGGAUGUUUAACAACGCCAAGAGUCCACCUCACUGUGAACUGAUGACAUCACAUCUUCGCAACCGCAUCACUGUUGAUGGAGCGCACUUUGAACUUCGCCUACACCUCAUCUAUCUAACCAACGAUGUUCUCCACCACUGGUACAAGUACCGUAAUGAACACACACAGAACAUUAUAUUUGUAUUUAAUUAGUCUUCAAUUACAAAAACAAAGUGUGUGUGUGUAUGUAUGGUGUAUGGGUGCGUUUUCUUCACUCUGAUGUCCAACUCAACCCCAAACCAACUCAAGUGGUUUCAGGUCAGGUGACUGUGGGGACAGGGUCAUGUGGUCUUAAAGCGAUACUUUCGGCGUAAAAUUAAUUUAGUGUCAAACACACCAUAACACAGAGUUAGACCCCCCCCAGAGAUCUCUAGUUAUACCAACUUUCGUAACGACUGCGGGAUAGCAAUACACAGCGGUCUGAGGAGCCAUAAACAAACCUCAACCAAACACUACUCUAUAGCCACAAAUAAUGCUCAGAACAGCACCUAACUUCAUCAACAGUACAUAUAGGGUCCUAGCUACAGUACUAGCCACCAAACAUCUUUUUAACUUUGCCUAAUUUCUUUUGCAAAGACACUUAACACUACUUAUUCACUAUCUGUGGAUGUCUUCUUUCAAUCUCUCAGCCAGCGGAAGCAGCAGAAGGACUUGUUAGCAGCACUACAAAAAGUUGUAGUUCCCAUCUAUUGCACCAGCUUUCUUGCCGUGGAGGAGGAGAAGCAGCAGAAGAUCACCAGGGUAAGUUUCGAAGCACACAUCUCAGGACACUUAAACUGUCUCCUUUGAGUCUGAAUUCCUAAACUAAAAUUAAUCCACAUUUUAUUACACUGACUUUAAAGAUUUGAUAUUAUAAUUAGUAUAAUUAUGGAUGUUACUUUGAUGUUACUUUUAUUUUCAGAUUUCAUUCAUGUGCUGAACAAUAUAAAAGUAACUCUGCUAUUUUAAACAUUGAUUCAAACAAAUACAACAACACAAGCUACAGCUUUUAUAAGCUGAGGUCUUUCUUUGUGUAACUCCUGCUGUUCCAUUAUUCAAGAGGAAAGUCUGUGAACUUAAACUUGCUCCCAUGCCUCACGUUAUUUUUUUACACUUUCCCUUCUUCACUCCAGUUGUUGCAGCUUUGGGAGAAGAACGGGUACUUUGAUGAGGAGACUAUUCAGCAGCUUCAGAAUCCAGCACUUGGCCUCGGCCAAUACCAGGUGAGUGAAGAGAACUGCAGUCACUCGUCUGCUUUUUGUGUCCGGUUUCCAUGGAGAAGUUGUUAAUGUCUUCUAUAGACGAUUGACCAAGGACAUCUGUAAUUUGAUGACUCUCUACAAAAAUGUGGAGUCUAAAGAGUGCUAGAUCCUAUCGAUGGAGUCAGUAAACAGUCGGACUGAUCCAUGUGUUCGGUCUACAGUCUUGUGCAAAUCUCCGGACAUCUGAAGGACUCAAAAUAAAGACUCCUUGAUUUGAAGUCAGCCUGGUAUCUUUUAUUAGCUUUAACAGUACAAUCAGAGGAUAGGAUCAAUGCUAAAGCCAAAGCUUUCAAAAAUGUGAACCAAACUCUACGUAAGUGUGUUUAAAGUUAACAAUCUAACUCUGUCACCUGUCAAAUCUAGUGUGUCAUCUGCCCAUAAACCAUGUGAAUACAACAUAUCAGAAAAGUGGAGCCUUGCAGGUUUUCAUGUCCUGAUAACUUUGUGUCUGUUUCCACCCUCUUGUUCAACCUCUCAGGCAUCUCUUAUAACCGAGUACGCAGGUGUGGUGCAACCCAUCCAGUUGGCUUUCCAGCAGCAGAUUGCGGCUCUAAAGACUCAGCAUGAAGAGUUUGUUUCCAGCCUGAAGCAGCAGCAGCUGCAGCCGGCCCCUGUCACACAGUUACCGACGCCUGCUGAGUCUGAAAAAGCCCCACCUAUGACAACACAAGCAGGUAAGAAGAGACACACUAAAAGAGUUGGUUGAUCUCUGGAGGCAGGAUGUGACAUCAGAAGCACACUGCCAAACUGAAGUGUUGUGAUGAUGACAAAGUAACCCAGACGUAGGCCAAGAUCACAGUUUUUGCAUUUCUAUCCAUGUCAUGUAUUAACAAAUGUAAGUUCAGACGUCAGAGCUGUCUUUGGCUUGAAAAUGACUUUCUCACUUUAACCUGAAUGUGCUCUUUUGACCCUCUCCAUGUUUUGGGUUUGCACCGGUUGCGUUAUGUAAUUGUCAUCAUCCCUGCCUUCUUGUUUGAGGUGAAUAUUCACAAUUAUUUCCUGCAGCAUGUCUCCAAAAAACGAAGGAACUGUCAGGGAAAAUUCUGGGAAAAUCCAGUUAAUUGCUGAUGUAUGUGUAUUGUUGACAUGCCAGGGUAUCGCUCAUGAAGACAACAUUGUUGAAUUUUAAACUUUUUGAAGAGAAUAAAGUAAUUUGUAUAAUGAGACUGUUAAUUAAAGGAGCUUCUAGGAAGUUCUUGUCAGGUUUUUCUGCACACAUUCUCUGUACUUGAGGGUUGUCAACGAAUAUUCUAAAUUCAAAUGGAAACGAGAGUAGAUCGUGAAAAUGAAUAUUCGAAUAUUAAAAAUUCAGUGGGAAAAAAAACGAAAAACCAAGAAAAAAAAACUAACAGUGGCUGCUCUGCGAAUGAGCGCACUGCAACGACAGGUCAGGGACAGGUCACAGGAGCUGUUCCUGCAGUGAGACUCGACUCGAGAUGGAGGGAUGUUCGGAGCCAAACUCAAAAGAGUGGUCUAGACUCCAACAAACUUAAGAAGCUCCAUUUGGAAAUUCUUCGGAUUUUGAGCAGACUCGGUAGACAAAAAAAUGCUGAGCGAGAUAAAGUUAUGUGCAAGCUGUGCAAGCUAGAUAUUAAAAUACGUUCAAACCUAUAUGUUAUUUUUAGAACGAAUAUUCAGACGUCAUUUUGGAGCAAUUUCGACAGCCCUACUUGAUAAACAACAUACCGUUUCUGUUGGUGUAAGACCUUGCUGACCUGAGUCCUUGUGUUAUUCACAGGGGAUGGGAAACCUCCCAUAUCAGGCCUUCCUCCAGCAGAGUUUGAUGGAGCUUCAUCCAGGCCGCAGGACCCCAGCAACUCCAGUGGACCCUCAGAUGUCUCCUCCAACAAACCUGGAUGGUUUGACCCCCAGCACAUGGGACCCUGGAACCCCAGCCAGCCGGUAAAGGUCUUAACAAUUUGUUUCAUAAGCCUGCAUGCAUACAGCUACAGGGGUUUUUCAGGGAGUGUGUCAGUGGUGGGGUUGAGACAGACAGACUUAAUCUGAAGCUUUAGUCCAAACAGACAGAAGAAUAGCUGGAAUAGUUCAGACUCUGCUCUCUGAAUAGUUUCUUCUUCUCUUGAUUUUGUCUUUUCCCAGCCCCCUUUUGACCCUAAUCAUCCUCCCCCACCCUGCCCUCCUUGGAACAGCCAUGAGGGGAUGUGGAAUGAGCAGAGGGACCCUGGGAACUGGAGUGGAGCCCCACCCAGAGAAGGUGGCCCCUGGAGCGGUCCAGGAGGGCCCGACCAAGGCCCGCCAUCUUGGAACUCCUUUGACCAGCAGCCACCCUGGGGGAACCAGCCUGAUCAGCCCCCAUGGGGCCAAAGGGAGCCCCCGUUUCCUCCGCGUAUGCAGGCAUGUGGUAGAUGAUUUCUGCUAUCACAACGCUUUCCCCCGUUGCACUAUUCAUGACUUUGUGAUCCGUAUCCACUGUCUGAGAUGAACACAUCCCAAAUUGAGAAAAACUUAUUCUAUGUCUGACGUGUAUUUCCACAGAGACCUCCCCAUUUCAGAGGUCCCUUCCCCCCUCAUCAGCAGCCACCUCCUUUCAACCAGCCUCCUCCACCACCCCACAAUUUUGGACGCUUUCCGCCACGCUUUAUGCAGGACGACUUCCCACCGAGACACCACUAUGACCGACCCCCAUAUACCCCACACCGCUUUGACUACCCUCAGGGGGAAUUUCCAGGAGGUGUGAAAUUAUUGAUCAGCAAUCAACAAAAAUGCAAAGCUCCAUCAUUUUGCACUUGUUGUCGUGUUUAAUGGAUACUUUUUGUGUGUUAUAACAACUUCCUCCGUUUGCCAGAUAUGCCAGGACCUCCUCCACAUCACCAUCCCAAUCAGAGGCUCCCUCCUCCAGGUAUGGGGGCUGAACACCCCCCCUGGGGUGGAGGGCAGCACCCAGAAUUUGGCCCACCCCCACAUGGCUUCAACGGCCAUUCGCCCCACAUGCGUCAUCGGCAGCACCCAGUCCAAGACGACCCCAGUCUGGUGCCAAAUGUACCUUACUUUGACCUUCCAGCUGGCCUCAUGGCUCCACUGGUCAAAGUUAGUCACCUGCCUUUGCAUUUUCUUGUUUUAAAUGGAAAAAUUGACCCAAUAGCAGUCAAACCUGCAUGUUUUAUGACCUUCUCCUUCCUGUUGCUUACCUAGCUCGAAGACUAUGACUAUAAACCUCUGGACCCCAAAGACAUCCGCCUUCCCCCUCCAAUGCCCCCCAGUGAUCGACUACUUGCUGCCGUAGAAGCUUUCUACAGCCCUCCGUCACAUGAUCGGCCUAGAAACAGGUACUCAUGCCACUCCGUCAGUAAAUAAAAUGUGAUCUGGAUUUUUUCCGAAUUUUCCAGCUGAUAGAUCCUAAUAGCCCCUGUUCACAGCUGGAAGAAAGUUCUUGUAGGUUUGGUUGAUUGCUUACAGAUAUUUUGUUUUCAACUGGCUGUUUCUUCUCGUUUCCAGUGAAGGCUGGGAGCAGAACGGCCUGUAUGAGUUCUUCAGGGCCAAGAUGAGAGCUAGGAGGAAAAAGGGACAGGAAAAACGCAACAGGUGAGCUUUCUCUUUGUUUGUUUAUAUCUCUUCUAUUGAAGCUCCAUGUGUCUAACACAUCCUGAUCUUACAGCUCAUCCUCUUGAUCGCAGUCUGUACACUCAUUGUGGUUUGAAACUGGUCUUCACAGUUAUGUCAGUUGGGGAUGAUAUCGCUGUUGUUGAAAAACAAACCCACACCUGGUUGGUCAGUCCACACUCUCCCUAACAACUCCCCUUCCCAUUUCUUUAGUGCUCGUGGAGGCAGUCGCUCGAGGAGUCACUCACGCAGCAGGGGAAGGUCUUCUUCUCGCUCCAGUUCUCGUUCCUCAAAGUCCUCCAGGUCCAGGUCACGCUCAUCUCGUUCCCACUCACGCAGCCAUUCGCGCUCCUACUCACGAUCCAGGUAUGUGCUCACACAUUUCACACAGGUAUUUGUGUGAUGCCAAAGUCAUGUGAAUUAGUCCGUUAAUGCUUUAUGUAAUUCUUGAAAACAACAAUCUGCACAGUUGGUCAGUUUUGCUCAAACAAACUGACAAAUUGCUUCUUCUUUCAAACACGUUCAAACUUGACCUUGUCUUGAUAUUUCUUUGCGUAGGUCAAGAAGCAGAUCCAGGUCAUCUCCAAGUCGGUCUCGCUCCAGAUCAAGAUCCCGUUCACAUUCUCCCACCAAGAGGCGACGAGGCCAAAAGUCCCAGAGCGCCUCCCCUCCGUAAGUCACUCAGAUGGCUGUUCAGACACAGUUUUGAACGUUGUAGACUUCAAGCUUUACUGUAGUAGAGAUGAACACCUCUGCUUUCUACAGCUCCACAUCAGUGCUGGGUGCCCCUUCCUCCAAAGUGCCUGUAGAUAACCGGCUAGGGGAGGAAAACAAAGGCCACCAGCUGCUGAUGAAGAUGGGUAUGCUCCUUUUUGGAUUUUUCUGUUUGAAGUUGGUGUUUUUAAUCCUGAUAUGAAAACCAAAGUCACGCUUUGUAAUCACUGAUUGUUUCUUUCUCUUGUAGGGUGGAGUGGCUCAGGUGGUUUAGGGGCCAAAGAGCAGGGAAUCCAGGACCCCAUCAAAGGAGGAGACAUCAGGGAUAAAUGGGACCAGUACAAAGGUGUAGGGGUGUCACUCGAUGACCCCUAUGAGAACUAUCGCAGAAACAAGAGUUACAACUUUGUUGCCCGCAUGAAAGCAAGAGAAGAAGGUAACUGCACUUUUGUUUUUGCUGUCAAGAUAAACUAUUCUGUACUGUACAGGCCCCAAAGACUGGAUUUUAAGUAAACUAGUUUGUUUGUGGGGGCUUUAUGAUGUAAGGGGUCUAGCAAAUCUAGUUUUUUAAAAUAACAAACCCUUGUUACUAAACAAGAAAUUAAAAAUAGGGUUUGAGUUGCACAUUAUUCUACCUUUGUAAUGAUCUGAGUGGCUGUGGCUCAGUGGAAGAGUUGGUUGUCACCCAAUCAAGAGGUCAGGGCUCGAUUCUGAGGCUGUCCUCAUGCCAAACUGUCCUCAGGCAAGACACUUGACCCCAUCCGCACCUGUUGGCUGCGCCCAGUGGAGUGUGAAUGGAACUGGACCAAAACUGAUGGGCUGUAUACAUAACAGCCUGAAUAAGUGAAUGUGACAUGUCAUGUUAAAGCGGUUUGAGUGGUCAGACGACUACAGACAGUACCGUAUAAACACAGUACAUCUACCAUUUCUCGCCAAAGUACCAUGAGUUGUCUAACAAACUGUUUUCUUCUCUUUUCUAAAUUUAGUCAAUCGGGAACCUCAGGAGGCCCCUCCAACUGACUGAUACCAUCAAAUGAUGAUACUCUCCACACUUUGGACACAUCGAUACAUCUAUGUCUAUGCCGGACUUGGAUAGCAGCAUUUCUCUCCUCCUCAUGUCUUUCCCCAUUAUUUGGAAUUUAGUCUUUUCAUAGGAGACUGGUUAAGACUGAUAAUGUGAAAACAUAAAAGACAAAUGUGAGAAUUGAUUUUAAUCUGGGUUUUACAAAGUUUUCAUCUGCUUAAGUUGAUCAAUUUAAGGUUCUACUCAAAUUUUGGGGAAAAAAAAAAAGGUUUUCCCUCAAAGGCAUCACUCAUUAAGUGCUUUAAGUUUUAUUUGCGGAGGAGUUUUAAAUAACCCGAUGAAUUUCAAAAAAUUAUAUUUUGAUAAAAGAAAAUAUGACCCGUUCUGAAAUCAGCAGAUCUUACUCUCUUCUAAAUAAAUGAAGAAAGUGGCUUACUGUAGAUGGUGUCAGUAAUGUCAUUGUUGAGAGAGUCUCUUUCUGCAGGUAACACUCUGUGUAGAUAGUAUGACUUGGUAUCAGAGGGGUGAGUGAAACAUGGUUUGUGUUAUGUGAACUCUAUGAUCUUUUUUUGUUUUGUUUUGUUUUGUUUUUUUGCUGCUUUGUGUUGUGAUACUUUUCCAUGUUAUGACUUCUAUGGAGAUACACCUGUAAUUUAGUUGUAGUAUCAAAAUAAAACCCACAGAACAAAGUA